CUUCUUCAGUUCAGAGUCAGACUUCAGUAAUGUCGCGACCGCGGAGAAAGUAGUAAGAGCGUGAACAUGAAAAAUCAUAGUUUAAAUACAAAUAUUCUUUAUAUUGAUAGAUAACGUGAGGAUUAGUGAUGGCUCGGGUUCUCCUGAUCCUUCUUCUUUCCUACUAUUCUAAGGCAUUUAAUCUAGACACAAGAACUCCUAUAGUCAAGUUUGGCGGGGUUUACUCUGAUAGUUAUUUUGGGUACAGUGUUGCACAACAUAUAAUUAAAGACGGAGAACCAGUGAUCCUUGUAGGAGCUCCUAAAGAUAAAAACCUUCAGCCUGGAACGGAGAAAUCCGGAGCAUUGUAUAGAUGUGGGUUAACCCUGUAUACCCGGGACUGCGAGCAGGUUGAGACGGAUGGGAGAAGACAUAAUAGUGGGAGACUUUAUGGUAUCUAUGAUGGAAACCUAACUCAGCUCAAACCUCCGGUUUCGUCGGAGAUAAAGGAGGAUCAAUGGCUCGGAGUCAGUCUCAACUCUCAAGGUGCUGGAGGGAAGGUGAUUGUAUGUGCUCACAGAUACUCUGUCAGAGAUGUAGAUAAAUUCACUUAUAAACCAAUAGAUUCUAAACGAGCUAUGCUAGGUAUGUGUUAUAUCCUUCAGUCCGACCUAACAAUGCCAAAAGAUACAAGUAUUGGUGCCAAAAACGUCCUGGUAGUGAGAGAGGCUCUACGUGGGAAAAAGCUUGAACUCAUUAAUGAUUUUGACAACCACGCCAAGUUUGGAGUUUGUCAAGUUGGUACCUCGUCAGCUUGGGUCAAGUCUAGUCCCGGAGUAAACAGUGAAAGUUUAGAUGAAGAUUAUGCUUUAUUUGGUGCGCCUGGGUGUCUAACCUGGAGAGGUAACGUUCUUGGUCAGAGAACCGGAACCACCGGAAGUUAUUCUACAGCGCUACAUGAGGACAAUUACCUGAAAUUCACAAAACACGGACAUCUGGGGCUUUCUGUCACCUCGGGCAAAUAUUUCGAUGAUGAAUUAAACUAUGUGUCCGGAGCACCACAUGUUGAGACGGAGAAAAGUUCCGGUUCGGGAGAAAUUUACUUCUUUGCUCCUAGCUCAAUCUCGACCCAGCUGGUCGUUCAAGAGCAAAAAACAUUAUCCGGGGGUAGUUUCGGAGCCGGGUUCGGUUACAGCCUGGAGACCCUGGAUGUGAACGGAGACGGGAAAGAUGAUAUGUUGGUCGGAGCUCCGUUCACAGAGCAUAAAACAGGGGGAGGAUCAGUUUUCCUUUACAUCAACAAGGAAAGUUCAUUGAAAAGUGAUUUUUUCAUCGAAAUCCGCGGAAGCGUUCACGAAUCCCAAUUUGGUCUUUCUCUGACGGCCCUAGGAGACAUAAACAAAGACGGAUUUGACGAUUUUGCCGUUGGUUCUCCAUACGAGGAUUUGGGAGCUGUUUACAUUUUUUUGGGAUCAUCAAUAGGUAUUUCCGGGUAUAAGUUGAGCAGAGGAGUUGUUAAUGCUGUUGAUGUUGCUAGUCAGAUAAUCAAAGCUAGAGAUUUCAUGACAUCAGGAAAUAUUCCCGUCCCGACCAACUUCUCAACCUUCGGCUCUAGUCUGUCAGGAGGAAUGGAUCUUGAUAACAACAAUUAUCCUGAUUUGUUGAUUGGAUCCUACAAUUCUAACUCCGUAUACCUCCUUCUAUCCAGACCUAUCAUCAAUAUUACAACCAGGGUUGAGGAUGCUCUGCUCCAGGCUGUUGAUCCGGGACAGGCUGGCUGCUUCAUGGACCCAGAGUCCCAGUACACCUGCUUCCACUUCAGUGCUUGCUUCGAUGUUGAGUCCCAGGACGUGGGUUCAGGAAUGAUGAUCAGGUUCAAAAUAAUCGCUGAACCUAACAAACCUGUAUCCAGGGUUUGGAUGCGGUUGAGUAGUGAAGAUCAGGUUGAGAACAGAACGAACAUUGUGGAACAUGAUCUUUUCAUUCAGGAGGAUGAGAGGGAGUACUGUACUACAAUCCUGGGAUAUCUUUCAAACACACAGACAGAUCUACAGACACCUGUCAAGUUUUCCCUCUCUUAUACCCUAGUCCAGGAGGAACCUAGAGCUAGGUAUGAUCUAGGAGAUCCUAUAGUUAAUAUAGACAAGUAUCCGAUCUUGAAUCAGCAGCAGGCGUUGAGAACUUUCUACGCCAAGUUCCAGAAGAACUGCGGAGCAGAUGAACUCUGCCAAGCACAAUUAAUCGUGAAACCCACACUACUAGAUAAACAGGGUGAAUUAACCAGGAGUAAGGACGGGAUGUAUGAACUAGAACUAGGUGCAAUCCCGGAUAAUCAAUUCGUCCUGGACGUAAACGUUCAGAACCUUGGAGAGGCAGCCUAUGAAGCCAAACUAGAUUUAGUGUUUCCUGACUCCAUAUCGUAUGUAGGACUAGGAAAUGUAUCUGAUGCUAAUAAUAUCCGUAUAAUUAACUCAACCUGUCUUACAUUCAACCUGGGCAACCCGUUCAAGGGUCAGAGUGAGAAAGGAAUAAACUCAAUAAAUCUUCAGUUACGGUUUACACCAAACAGUGUGAUCAAUGACACCUUGAUACGUUUCGAUUUCACUGUUAACACAACAAGUGAGCUUGUAGUAGACUCCAGUACCUUCCUUCACUGUCUGAUUGUGAGAAGAGCUGAGCUUAAAAUAACCGGACGAGGAUUGCCUGGAACAGUGUUCUACGGUGGAACUGUUAGAGGAGAAUCAGCUCUCAAGGAUGUAUCGGAGAUUGGUCCUUUAGUUCAACAUAGAUAUCUAGUCACUAACUACGGUCCUAGUGAGGUAGAUGUUGUUACAAUCAAGAUAAAAUGGCCGUUUCAAGUUGAGAAUAAUAAGCCUCAGGGGAAAUGGCUUCUUUACUUGACGGAGCAUCCUUUGUUAAGGAACGGACGGGGAGAUUGCUCCUUGCCUCCCGGGUUCAAACCCAAUCCUCUCAACCUAACCUCUAAGAGCGAGAGCUCGGGAUAUCGUGAAUCUAGAUCAGGUCGUGGGAAUGCAAAAGAGUUUAAAAACAGCCAAAUUGACAUUUUUAUAGAUGAGAAAUUCCAAUCUGAAUUAGACCUGUUAUCAGAAACCAAAGUAAGGAGGAGAAGAGAGAUAGAGCAUAUAGUUGCUCCGCUUCGUAUUCGAGGAUCAAACCCUGAGGAUCCCGGAGAGCUUGUGGUUCGGCUUGAUUGUGAGCUGGGUACAGCAAAGUGUAUAACAGUGACUUGUCAGGUAUAUAACCUAGCUGCUAGAGACAGUAUCACGCUAGAGAUUAGAUCAAGAUUAUGGAACUCUACUCUAGUCGAGGACUAUUCAAACAUUGAUAAAGUGGAAAUAUUUUCUAAAUCAUCUGUGAUCAUAGACUCUGUUUAUACUCAGGAUCUAUCCAACGAUAUUGAGUCGAUACUAACCCUAGCUCUUCCUGACCGACAGCUGGAACCAGUUCAAAGUUUGGAUUGGUGGAUUUAUGUCGUAUCAGCAGCUGCUGGAUUACUAGUUCUAGUCAUUAUAAUCCUUAUCCUCGGCAAACUUGGAUUCUUUACGAGACAAAGACUUGUCGACGACGACACAGAUUUCAUGGUGUCGGCAAAUUAUGAAAAGGUCAAGUUAAACGGUGAUAUGUAGACAUGAAGAAAUCAAAUAAAUUUAUUAGUAGAGGAAAUGAGAUCUGAGACGGAUAUAUGAGGGGCAGGUGUAGGAUCCGUAGAAACCCUGCUGAGGGGUAAACCUCACCGGUUUCUCUCCUUUACAAACCUAUUCAUUCAAUUCAUGCCCAGAUAUUUACCAGUAAACAAGAUACAGGGGGGUGCUCCGUCAUAUUCUAAUUCAAAAUAUUUUUACAGUUUUAUAAAAUUUUAUCUUUGUUUUUAAAAGGGCUUUCAACGAGACAGCUGCUUUCCACCGUUAAUAAUUCAUUUUAUAAUUCAAUAGUAAUUAUUCAUUAUUUCUUUAACUCAAAAUGAUUAAUAGGGGCUAAAAUAAAACCGUCUUUCAAAUAUAAGAUACAUGUCGGAUCAAAUACAAAAUUUAAUGUGUGAUUUUUUGUAAGAAAUUUAGCUUUCAUGUCUUUUUUUUUAAUAAUAUGAAAAUGCAUCUUUUAAAGCUAGCCGUGAAUUCAGGGUUUUUUGAAUUCGACUUUGAACCAGUGUUCAACAAAGUUGAAGAAUUUCCCCAUUUGUCAGGUUUGGUUCAGCUCUCAUCCAUUAGUGUAAUAUUCAUUAAUCAUUCAUUAUUCCUAGAACCUUAAAAUUAGGCACAGGUUCAUGUAGUGUGUAAUUAGCCAGCAGGGCUGAGGUUGGAGAAGUUGGUAAUAGUGGAGGUUAAGGGUUAAAUAUGAGGUUGAGGAAUUGUAUGAUAAAGGAUUAGAACUAAAUGGCGUGUUCAUUAGAUAUUAUUUUCAAGAAAGUUUUUUUUAUUUACAGUGGAGUUUGUUUUGAAAAAAUGGAGGGUUAAAUUGAAGCUUGGAUUUUAAGGAAUGGAUGUUUUAAUGUUCAUGGUUGAGUUUGGAUUAUAAAUAUGGUGAAUGUUCGAUUGAACUAAUGGAGGUUUGAAUGUUUAUAGUUGAGUUUGGAUUAUAAAUAUUGUGAAUGUUCGAUUGAACUAAUGGAGGUUUGAAUGUUUAUAGUUGAGUUUGGAUUAUAAAUAUGGUGGAUGUUCGAUUGAACUAAUGGAGGUUUGAAUGUUUAAAGUUAAGUUUGGAUUACAAAUAUGGUGAAUGUUCGAUUGAACUAAUGGAGGUUUGAAUGUUUAUAGUUGAGUUUGGAAAGAAUGGAGGUAUAGGAUGAUUAUGAUAAUGUUAGGUUAUAAAUUCAGAAUGGAGAGAUAAAGGGAGGGAAGUGUUUAAACCAAGAGGGAUGUAGGAUUAAGAAACUAGAGAAAAUAUUGAUUACCAUGGAUAUUCCAUUAAUGGUUGAUGACAGUUCGUUGAAAAAGUUAUGAUAAAAAGAUUUCAAUGCUUCGACAUUCAUUCAGUAACAAGUCAUGUAUAUUGUAUAUUGUAUAUUGUAUGCAUUCUCCAUGAUUGUAAAACCACUUAACAGUCGUGAUUAUACAUAUAUAAGUAAAUGUAUGUAUGUAUUAAAUUUUUAAUAAAUAUGUCUAUAAUA